AUGGCGCCAAGCAACGGGGAAUGUGUUCAGGACACGGACAUCAGCUUUGAUAUGGAACGUCUCUUUGAUCUUUACAACUUUGAUCAUAUUCCCACAGAGAAAAGACUUUCACUGUUUAAACAGCGAGACCUUGCACACGUGAAACGUUACAAAACAGCUGUAAAAAUAUUUGGUGGCCCAAGUAAACGCACCAGGGUUCAUAUUGCUCCACCCAUGGAGACUCUUUUGAAACACAGACUCGGAUUUUAUCAAGAAGAGUUUGAACCUCCAUCAAAUUUGCCCAUGAAUGGACAACCAAAACCUCCCCCUGUAAGGUUGGAGACAGAAGAAACAAUUGUUGGAAAAGCAGAAGAAGAGAAAGCCUAUGUAACACAUUAUAACAAUUUGAUUGCAGAGAGAAAACAGCUUCGCAGUUAUCUUGAUAAUCUGUUGCCAGAUGAAACUUAUCUGGCACGAAAGAUAAAUAAAUCUGAAAUUGAAAAAAGAGUCCUGGCACAGUAUCGAGCUCAUCGUAUUCAAAAACUAGAAGAAAUUCGGCCAACUCCCAAACUUCAUCCAGGUAUUCCUUAUGUUGCUGUUACCUCUUUGAAUGGAAUUCAGAUUCUAGAUAUGUUCUUAUCUCAGAAUCAUAUGCGUUUGAUGGAUCUGUUUCGCAGGGCAGAUAAAAACAAGAAUCAGUCUUUGACACGACAGGAGAUCCUCAGUGCUGUUACUCAGACUGACCACCCCUUGACUGAAGCAGAUGUGGACGCCAUGUUUGUUAUGUUAGAUGCAGAUCUGAAAGGGAAACUCUCAUACCAAGCAUUCAAUAAGGGUCUACAACUCUGGCAUAAACAGAAGAGAUUUACAAAAAGCCAAACUGAAGGAAAAACAAAGAAAGCUCUCAGUAUAAAAAAUACUUUAGAAGGCAGUGAAAUCAGGCCAACAUCUUCUCGUGCAGCAACAGCAUCUAACCUUAGACGGAAAGCUCACAGUAAAGGGCUGACACCUGAUAAACAUACGUUUUUUGGUGAAUUGUCUGGGGUGAUCAAGGUGGGUUACAAACCAAUAGAUGACCACUGCUUGGAAUCAACACUAGGUGGAGAGACUGCAGAUGUGGUCAACCAGUUUAGACAAGACAAACUGAAGGAAUAUUUCAGCAUCAAGAAACUGUUUGAACAAAGAGGGCUGCCAUUAACUCAGAAGUUUCUGGACAGAGUAACUCUCUACCCUGGAGAUCAGUCACUAAGUGAGCUGAAACAAACCACUGAUUCACCUGUUGGACAAUUCACUGACCAGACACAUCCUUUCACUAAAAUUAGAUCAGUCAGAGGUAAUGCAAAUAACUGGAAGGUCACAUAUCCGGACAAAAAAUCUGGAUUUACCAGUAGCAGUUAUAGUCAUUUAAAAAGAAAUAUUGAUGAUGCUAGUAACAGUAGGGAUGAAGAGUUACCACAAAGGAAAACUUUGGUAAAUGGUCAUGAGCAGACAGAGAUACCAAUUGGUCAAGGUUAUCUCACAGUUCAAGGUGAAUAUCCGUCUAGUUCAUCUGUGGUACCGAAGGUUCAUAAGGAGAAUUUCAUUUCUGGCCAAGCUCUCAUUUCUCGUAAAGUGGAUAGCAGAAUGACCUUUCAAAAUUACAACAAGCACACUCAGCGUCGCCCAAAGAGAUUUCAUAACAUCCACAACAAGGGAAAAGCACAAGCUACUUGGCCAAGCUACCUCUCAAAUAAAUUACGACUGUGCAUGGACAGCGACUUAGUUCCUGCGGGCCGAUGCAGACGUCCAUUGGAAAGCAGAGACUCAAGUGACGGUGAUGGCUACCACACUGGGAUAUGCAAGGACAGAGGAAAUGCUGUAUUUCAAUACACAGCCCAGCCCAAACGGGCAUACCCUGGUUAUAAUAACGAUCUCUUGACCUGGCCAGUCGGAGAAAACGGAGUGAGAUAUGGUAACAUAGAUGAGCACAGACUAGUGAAGUGA